AUGUCUAGGUCUGAACACGACCAGGAACUCGAUUCCUUGUUUGUUGGGCCGAUACCCACCGGAACCAACAAGUUCGUUUUUGAAGCAGACCCACCAGAUCUGCGCCGGAUACCCUCUACCGAGAUUCUAGGCGUGACUGUCAUUCUAUUGACAUGUAGCUACGAUGAUCGAGAAUUUGUCCGCGUUGGUUACUACGUUAAUAAUGAAUACGAUUCAGACGAGCUGAACGCAGACCCCCCGCAAAACCAGACAUUGACAGGGGACACUGAAGACUCUGCCCCCGCUGAGUUCCCACCGGAGCAACCGGAGGCAGACCAAGUUGAGGACGACGGUGUAGCCUAUGGACAAGAGGAGGUCGAGCUCGAAGAAGGACUCAAGGCCGAACUUGCUGCCGAGGAAGCAAAGGCUGCAGCAGACGGUGAAGACGAAGACAUGGGUGGUGCUGACGACACCGCUGGAGCGAAGGACGAAGAUGAUUCAGACGCCGGCAGUGAGGAUCUUGAAGCAGAUACCAGUGGGAGCGAGGAAGAAGAUGAGGAGGAAGUGGAAGAAGAAGGCGAGGGCGAAGGAGAUGAGGAUAUGGAGAUGGGUGACGGAGCCUCCAACGAAAAAAAGCAGAAACUCAUAGCCCAACAGCAUAAUGCUGAGGUAAUGGUUCAUUGA